AAAAAGGUAAUUUAAGAUUUUUAGGUCAGCCUUCAGAUUAAAAAAAAUGUGUAAAAAGAAACAGGAGCUGAGUUUUUGUCAAGAGACUCUUUGAAAUAGUUUCUCACAGAUGGUUGCUAAUCUGCUCCGAGAUUAAAUCUAAGAAUGUGUUCGAAGCGGGAUUGGUUAAACAGGGCCUCACCUCUGGCUGUGUUUGUUCGGUUCAUGUGAAGAAAAGAACAGUCAUAACUCAGCAGGGAGGAGUCAGGACUGUUUACAUUUUCUGAGCUUCAUACAGAUGCUUUAGAUUUGCUCAGGAGUGGAAAGGACCGCAGGAACCCGAAGCCCCCGGACCCAUCCAGGAUGCAGUGCUACGAGAACCUGGUCCACUAUCUGAGCUGUGGGAUCCUCCUGGCAGGACUGGGCCACCUGGUCAGUCACAGGAAGGCACAGGCCUCCUAUGGGCGCCAUAUGACACCUGCUGCUGCUGCCACCAGGACUUUGCCUGCCAGACUUGCCUGGUUCCUGCAGGAGAUCCCUGCUCUCCUCAUGCCUCUGCUUUUCAUGCAGUGUUCACAUACAUCCUCUCAUUUAGGGAAGGACAUAUUCCUGAAGACAUUUUGCUUGCACUAUUUUCAAAGGACAUUUGUCUACUCUUUGUUGACCAGAGGGCAGCCUUUUCCAGUGAGCGUGAUGGUGGCAGCGRGUUUCUUCUGCUUCCUGAAUGGUUUCCUGCAGAGCCACUAUCUGCUGCACUGUGCCCAGUUUGAUGACAAAUGGUCAACCAGUUACCGCUAUAAAAUCGGUUUACUGAUGUUCUAUAUCGGAUUGGCCAUCAACAUCCACAGUGACUGCAUUUUACGCAACCUGAGGAAAUCGAAAGAAAUCGUUUACAAGAUUCCUACAGGUGGUCUGUUUGAAUACGUGUCUGGUGCCAACUAUUUAGGGGAGAUUGUGGAGUGGUUUGGCUACGCAGUGGCGACCUGGUCCCUUCCCACGUUGUCCUUUGCCAUCUUCAGCCUGUUCUUUAUUGGACCUAGAGCUUACUACCAUCACAGGUUUUAUAAGAAGAAAUUUAAAGAAUACCCAAAGUCUCGAAAGGCUUUGAUUCCAUUCAUCUUCUGAGGAAAAGAAACAAAACCUGGUUUUAUCUUUCAGACAUGAAUGGAGAAAGAAUCCUGCACACAGAAGAGAUUUAGAUGGAUGAAUUCAAAUGUACUGACCAAWAACAGGAUUUAACUGAAGGCAUAUCGCCCACCGGGAACCUUGUAAAUGACAUAAAAUCUCUUAAGAGUUGAGAGUAUUUUGAGGAACUUUUAGCUGAAUAUUUGUAAUACUGACUGGAUUACAGGCAUUUUUGUGUUGACUAGCUGUUGUAGAUGUACACUUAAGGAUUACUUUAURAAAAUUUCAUAAAAAUCCCUCCAGUGGUUAAUGGGAACAUCACCCAUUUAACUAUGGUUUCAAGUGAUAAACAGGAAAAACAGAGUUAAAUUUGUUACGUGUUAUUAUAAAGUAAUCGUGUUUAAGUGUGUUUAUUCUUAUUACAAAUUAAAAACAUAGCAAAAUAA